AGUGACGUACGCUCGCGCAUGCGCGGUACAAAGCGGAUGGCACCAGGCUGCAUCCAUUGCUCUGAGUGCACCGGCGGUAAACAGUCAAGCCAACAUGGCAGCUUCCGUGAGGAGAGCAGCGCACGACAUCGAAACGCGAAGGCGGACCGAUGAUGUUCUUCUAUCGGAGGGGAUCGACUUCUGCUCCCUGCUGCUGUCUCAGCCCGUGCUGGAAGGACUGUCCGCCGCAGGCUUCCAGAAACCCUCACCGAUUCAGCUCAAGGCCAUCCCGCUGGGACGCUGCGGACUCGGUGGGUUCAUGAAACUGAGUUUGGGCCACUCCAUAUGAUGGACUGAAGGCUUGUGCACAAAGGUGUUUAGUGAGAAGUAGUAUCAUUUACUUCUCAGAUAUGCUGUUGUCAACUUUGGCCGUAGGCUGAAUUCAUUUACUGGUAGAAAAACCUAGGGCUUCAAUGAUGAGUUUUCUGAAGUGGCUAAAAUUAGUUUUGAUGCCCUUUUAUGACACCCUAAAGCAAACAAGACCAUCAGUGACAAGACUGAUCAUUUUUAUAGGGUGAUUAUUUAUGCCUGAAUUUUAGUGGGAGUUGUGGGUGUCACUUAUGUAGCUGAAGAGAGAACUUUGCUUUUACACUUUCCACAUAAAUUCUCAAUAAAUGAUACAUCUGACUGUAAAAAGUCUGCAGGACUAGAUUUUUUAUUAGAAAACAUCACUCAAAUAUGCAGAUGACACAACAAGCUAAGGGUGUUUUGUCAAUAGGUGGCACAGAAAUCUGCACAAACCAACUAAAAGCUCACAGGACCUUUAAAAUCAGUACACCUAAAGAAACUUUAAGUAUUAGUAUUAAUACUAAUACUUUUAGUAUUAGUAUUAAGCAUGGCACCCUAAGGUAACUUCUAACUUUUUACAUCAUAUUUCAAUAAACAGUCACUGGAAACAACAGUAAUUAUGUCAUAGUUGACAAAAGGUAUAUUUUAAGGUGAACAUAUCAGGUAUUCCCCUCUAUUGGUAUAUACAUGUUAAUGGUGUUUUGUUUUUCCAAAAGUGAAAAUACUGUUGCUUCCCAUCAAACUGAAUUGACUGUAGGCCUAAAUUGUGAUCUUGACCAUCCAGAUAAACUGUGCUGUCUGACAUUGCUGGUUUGCUGUUAUAGAUCUGAUCGUACAGGCAAAGUCUGGCACGGGAAAAACAUGCGUCUUCUCUACGAUUGCCCUGGACUCUUUGGUGUUGGAGAAUCUUGCAACUCAGGUGAGCAGUUUGAUAAACAGUAGCAACAGUGGUAUAGUUGUUUUGAGAAUUACCACUGGUCUUGAUUUAAGCAAUAAGAAGUGUCAGAAGUGCAAAUACCAAAUUACAGCGAUUGAUAGAGCAGGGGUACCUCUGGCCUUAUUGAUGAUCUGAUUGCACUCUAAUACAGUGUAAUCCAAUUAUCUAUGAUGUUUGACUGAUUGGAAAUUUCUGCAGGUUCUUGUCUUGGCUCCCACACGAGAGAUAGCAGUUCAGAUCCAUUCUGUUGUGAUGGCUAUCGGCUGCGCCAUGGAGGGUCUGGAGUGCCAUGUUUUCAUCGGGGGCCGACCUGUGAGUCAGGACAAACCUCAUCUAAAGAAAUGCCAUAUUGCUGUGGGCUCACCUGGUAAGAAGCAGCUCCUGUUUGUGUAACUGUCACACUGGCUGUGUUAUUUUUUAACUAUGCUCUUGGUUCUGCUCACAGGUCGUAUUAAACAGCUGAUUGAGCUGGGUAUGUUGUCCACCACCAGCAUCCGACUGUUUGUUCUGGACGAGGCUGACAAGCUUCUGGAGGAGGGCAGCUUCCAGGAACAGAUAAAGUCAGACCUAAGAUCUUUUCCUAACUGAAACUGAGUAUUUUACGAUGCUCCUUGCAAUAUUUAUUUCAUGUAUAGUCAUUUACAGAAUUACAAGAUACUCACCAAUCUCCUCUGCUCCUCUUCCUCAGUUGGAUUUUUUCAUCUUUGCCUGUGAACAAACAGAUGCUUGCCCUCUCCGCCACCUACCCAGAAUCCCUGGCGCAGCACCUUACCCGCUACAUGAGUGAGCCCACUUUUGUCAGGCUCAAUCCUAGUGACAUGGGUCUGAAAGGUAACACUGCAGUCAUGUGCUAUACUCAUAUUUGACCAAAGAAAUCUGAAAACAUUUUAAGUGAAAGGGAUUAUUUUUGUUGUUUGAAAGGCUUUCACUCCUCAUGCAUGUUGUUCUUUUCUGCCCCCUGUCAGGUCUGAAGCAGUACUACAAGCUGGUGCAGUCUCAUCCUCUACCUCACAAAGUGUUUGAGGAGAAGGUACAGCACCUGCUGGAGCUUUUCAGUAAAAUCCCAUUUAACCAGGCCCUGGUGUUCUCCAACCUACACACAAGGUAAAACACAGUUUUAAAGAUAGCUCUCAUCCUCAGAUGUUGGAUUUUGCUUUUGGCACAAUUCUAAAAAGACACUUAAUAUUGAUUUUAUUGGAGAUAGCUUCUUACAUGUUGUUGAUGGUUUGUUCUCACAGGGCUCAGCACCUGGCAGACAUCUUGUCCUCCAAAGGCUUACCUGCUGUUUGUAUCUCAGGUGAGAGGGGCUGCAGAAAAGCAGAGUGAAGUGUGGCUAUUUAUAGAAAAUGUGAUGAGGGUUUCCCAGGCAACAGUUCGGGGUUGGGUUAUUUGUAAUGAGUUGUUUUAAUGUAGAUGCAACAGUUUAUCAAUCAAAUUGAUCUUGAAGGCUUGCUGUGAUUAAGACAAUUUGAACAGAUAUGGUUUUGAUGUAACCCUGUGUGAUGAUCUGCACAGGGGGUCUGAGUCAGGACCAGAGACUGGAGGCAAUGUCCAAACUAAAGCAGUACCAGUGCAGGGUUCUCAUCUCCACAGACCUGGUGAGAAUCACACAUCAUCUGCAUUUUACAUCCGUCCUCAUAUCUCGCAUUCCUCUUUCACGUUUUUGCAUUUCCACUGAGAUCAACUUCUUUUCUUUAAUCUGUCAGACCUCCAGAGGUAUAGAUGCAGACAAAGUAAACUUGGUGAUAAACUUGGAUGUGCCGCAGGACUGGGAGACCUACAUGCACCGAAUUGGUCGAGCUGGUCGCUUUGGUAAGUCUUAAGAACUGUUAUUGGCUGUCUGUCAAACAAACUACGAUAACCACACUGCAGUUAGUGUAAGUUUUAUGCUAUUAACAAGCUUUGUAAGACAGAUAAUAGCAAUUUAGCACUGAGGAGGAACCUGGAAAAUUUGCAUCAUGAUUGCAGGUUUGAUCUUCUAGCUGGUCAACUCUCAAACAGGAAAGCAAAUGAAGUCAUGUUGAGUUAAUUAACUCAAAAUUCGUGAGGUAUUACAAAACACUUUCAAGCUUCUGUAAAGAAUCCGAAAAAGUGAUUGAUUUGACUGUCAAGAUAGCAGGAUGGAGUCUUUUGUUUAUACCUCAAAUUCAACAAAGAUUAGAAGCACUACUUUGUUUACACAAGGAGCAAGAAUCAUCAAACUGAAAAUUCCUCACAGUAGCUUUAAGAUUCAACUCCUAACCAAUGUUAAUAUUUAGUGCUAAAGCCCAUGCAAAAGAGUUUCCCUCCUGAUGGUACAAUGUUUGUAUGAUAAGUAUAAAAUCUUGGUUUCAUCACUUAACAAUGCUCUGAGUAAGGCUUUGAUUUUCUUAAGUGCUGAGCCUCUCCUCAACUGCAUUACACACCAUUAGUGUGUAGAUUAGUCUGAGCCUCAGGAGUAUAAGGAGGUCUGACCUGCCUAGAGGGUCAAUAGGUUCCUAAUCGUCUGCAUUUAAUUACAACUCCCUGGAUCUCGUGAAGUAUCUCGGAAAUAGAAUGUAAUUCAUCAAAGCUUUGCCUCACGCUCUCUUUUUGACACACACGGCAAUCAAUCUCCUCGUGUCUCCGUGCGUCACUGUAAUGUGUUCUCAUCAGGAUUACUUCUCGUUACAGGCACUCAGGGGCUCGCUGUGACCUACUGCUGCCACGGCGAGGAGGAGAACAAGAUGAUGGCCAUCGCUCAGAAGUGUGGCCUGAGUUUGUCUAUGUUGCCAUGUGAGUAGGAGAAGUAAAAAUUGAUGAUGUGACUGUUUCCCAAAAGUGAAACCUAAAUAUCGAGUGAUCCCUCCUUUGACUGGCUGUAAUUUGAGACAUGGGUCAUACCUCAAUACACGUUUUCUGAAUUAGUCACCUACGCUAGUUCUUUCAUUACUGAUUUUCUAGAUUCUAAUUUUUCUAAAGAGUUUUGUCUUAAGGUCCUUACACACCGGGGCCGACGGGAAUAUAGAACGCGAAACUACGACCAGUACCAGAUAAGCACAUUAAACUAUAAUCCAUAAAUGUAAGGUAACAACCGAGACCUAAUGGUGCUGUGACAGCAAUACAUAUGGUAUGUAUCUCAACAGGUUAGCUUACAAGCUAAAGUUACUUAGCACAGAUGAAAGUUUAAACAGAGACGUUUAGCAAACUGUUAAAGCACACAAACUAUCGUCAUAUGAGAAAUUCGAUGCUAUGACUCUCCACAAGUUGUCCUUCAGGUCGUUAUCUUUGUAAUGUUUGUGUUUUUUUAUCAGAAAGCACUCUGUUCUCCGACAUGUAAACAAUCAGCCUGUCUGCCAUGUUGGAUAUACCGGUGAAUCUGACGUCACAACAACACAAAAUCUGAUUGGUUAGAAGUGGACACACCACAUGCGAAACUUUAGAAAAUUCGACCGUGAUAGGAAAAAUGAAUGCCGCAAUAUCGCAGGACAGGAAAACGUCGCUGAUGUGAACGCUUGUAUUGACAGGAUACGGGUUCGAAAAAAAAUAUUGACUCCGAUAGAAUCGCAUGAAAAGAACGCUCCUGGUGUGUAAGGACCUUUAGUUGUUAAUUUGAUGCUAUAAAAGGGUAUGUGUUAUGAUUGACAGCUCAGAGAGGCUCCUCCUGUGUUAUCUGCUUUGGAUUAUUAUCAUAAAAAACAGAAUUUUAACACCAACAUGAGCAGUGGACAGCAGCUGUUUUUGCUUUUGACUUGGUGAUCUCUGUCAGAGGUUAUUUAGGCUUCACUUUAUAUCAGAGGUUAAAUCUUUUUAUAUUGCCAUAGGUAGGAUGCAGGGGGUCUCUCUAAAGCCUUCACAAAUAUUAUCAUAUUCUUCCUUGUAGCCACCUUGGAGCCCAGUUUGAUGGAUGAGCCUUGUGACUGGGACGUCUGCACAGAGGCUUCCACUCCAGGCCAGUUAUCUCAGCUGUCCUCCAGGACAGAGAGGAAGAAGCGAGCCAAAUCGCUCACAAACCGAGAACAAGAGUGCAGCAGUCCAAGAAAAACAGAAAAGACAGACUCUGCACCCAGGCUGGAGGCACACAUUGAAGAAUAUCCCAGGGAAGUGCCUGCUGUGCGGACACAAAAAGAACUGCAAGAAGCUCUGCCAAAGAUCCCUUCCCUCAGCUCAUUCAAGACCUGCAGGUUAGGGUUCAUGACCUUCGAAGAGGCCGAGCGGGACUUCCAGAGUUUCAUCACCACAGGGCUGGGGAGAUCAGUGGAGAUCAUCAGGGAGUUCAGAGGUCAUGAGGAUGACGGCACUGAGGAUCAGAGCAGGCACAGAGAGUCUGUCAUACUCCACGAUGACGAAACUCAAAGUUUAAAGCUAAAGAGGAAGAAGAUCAAAUCUGAAUUUUCACAUCCUAAAUCAGCUUCUGGUUCAUCAAUCUCACGGUCAGAUGCUGAGAGUACAAAAACAGAGGAGAGUGUUCAACCUCAAGUUAAAAUCACCAAACCAAAAGUAGAGUCCACAAAAAAAGAAAUAGAAAUCCACAAUCAGACAACCUGUGCGACUAACAGGCAGGCUUUUUCACACCCCUUUGAGAACGAGAAACAUGGAUCAGCUGUUAAAACCAGCCGGCGACCAAAUCAGACGACUCCACCCAAAACAAGCGCGAACAAACCAAAGAAGAUGGAGAAAAGGAGCAAACAUGUAUCUGAUGAUUUGAACAGAGAGCAGAGGAAGGGAGGAGAUGAAGAGGAGCAACAUGGAGAUGAAGACGAAGAGGAGGUGUUGGAUGCAGAAAACUACUGGAGAAGCUGCUACAGAGCGUGGAACGACUACUACUCCUCCAUGUCUGCUUUCCAAGAGGGAGGUUACCAAAGCUACUACAGCAUGGCCCACAACUGGAUGGCAGCCUAUCGCAUGAAUGCUGUUUACAUGGAAGAACUGAUGAAACACUGACUUUUCUGGACUUUGUAUUUAUAAUCACGAAGUCUAUUUUUUUUCCCAGUAAAGAUUGAGUACUCCUGGGUUUAUACACUGCACUUAAACGAUGUAUUUCUUUUGCUUUGUUUCUAAUAAAUUAAUUGAACGGAGCAUGUAUUGAAGC